UUUGCUUUGUUCGGGAGCAGUGGCUUAUGGGAGGAAUGAAAUGGUGCAUAUGGACGUGGUGUGGCUUUGGUGCUGCGGUGCAAUGUAGAAUGGUGUAAAAUGUUAUUAGUGCGGUGGUACUUCUGACGUUGUGCUUAGAUUCAUUUGUCACGUUAGGUUGUUGGACAAAAUUACACCUUGGGUUUACAGGUAUUUGGAAUUGCACGUGCCGAACCUUUGAAGGGAUAAUGGGUUCUCUUAAGAGAUGCGGGGGGCAGUAUGGAACAGCAGACUUUCGGGGGUCCAGCUUCAGUUAAUAAUGUAAGAGAAAAUCCAUCAUCUGAUAUAAGAACAAUCCAACCCGUAGUGUCUUCCUCCCCAGUGGAUAACAACAUGCCUGCUUCUCAGCCACCAACAAGUACCACAUUGAAAGCAGAUUUGGAGGAUCCUCCACCUAUUCAACAGGUGGUGACAGCUCCUGUUUCCAGUGGUGGUCCCAAUGUCCAUCAUGAAGAUAAAGCACCAGAUUCAUCUGAUAAUGUUAAAACAAAGCCAACAUGGCCCAAAGGCAAAAAGAGGAAGAAAGCCCCUCGAGAUCAAACAGCCCCUAGGCAACCUUUGACAGGGUAUGUAAGAUUCUUAAAUGACCGCAGAGAAACAGUCCGUGCGGAAAAUCCAACUCUGCCUUUCCCUGAAAUUACAAAGCUGUUGGCUGUGGAAUGGAGCCAACUGCCUCAGGAGAAAAAGCAACUUUACCUAGAUGCAGCUGAACAAGAUAGAGAGCGGUACAUGAGAGAGCUCCAUGCUUACAAACAAACUGAAGCUUAUAAAGUUUUUACCCAGAAGCAAUCCCAGAAGAAGCAACGUGAAUCACAUGAAAAGGCAGCGGAAAAUAAUGUUGUGUCUGCUAGUCAGGAGAUUGCAGAUGGAGAAAAGGAUAAUGAAUUUCUCGGAUUUGACAUUCCCAUUUUUACUGAGGAGUUUUUGGAUCUUAAUAAAGCUCGUGAGUCAGAGCUUCGACAGCUUCGAAAGAGCAACACUGAUUAUGAACAACAGAAUGCAAUCUUGCAGAAGCAUAUUGAGAAUAUGAGAGCUGCAGUUGAUAAAUUGGAAGUAGAAACAUUACAACAACGUAGUAAUAAUAAUGCACUGCAGCAGCACUUGGAGCAUCUGCGUACUACAUUGGCUCAGGGUUUUGAACAGUUACCUUUGCCAGGUAGUAAUGAAACGCCUACAAUUCAAACCAUAGAUGGCUAUAUGAGUCGCUUGCAACAAUUACUCUCCGAGCAGUCUGGCAAUGAGCGUGAACAACUAGCAGGAAAAGUACGUGCUGUAAUAGAUCGGUUUGAAUUUCAUGGAUGACCAUUGCCUUCCCGAGGACAUCACCCAGUGGUUGUCCUCACUCCUGCCAAUAUCCAUCCUCGAGUAAUAGGAAUGGCAUCAGUUAUGUCUCGCAAACAUAAAUAAUGGGAGACAUUCUGUGCAUCUGUAAGCAUAAAAGAUGCCUUUUGCAAGAUAUUAAUACUUUUUGUCAUAAUGGAAAGUGAAUAUUAUUCACAAGAAAAAUAUGGGAAAUGCUGCCAUAAUUCCCAAAUGUGAUGUUUUAGUGAUGAAAUGUAAAUUAAACACUAAACAUUAAUUUGUGUUUUUGCUGGUGCAGGUGAUUGUUGCACUUAAGAAUACAAAUGUUAGUAAUCACUGAACAUAAAUGAAACUGAAAUGUCUACUGUAAUUAGUAAGAUUGGACUUCUGCCUCGGAAAUUAAAAUUUCGUGAAUAGAGUUAAAGUAUGUGCUGUGCGUUUUUAAAUAUUGCAUAUGCUCUGCAUGUGGUUUAGUUUUGCAACCAAUUUUUCUGAGUAUGAUACCUUGUAUGAGAAUAGGAUUAAUUAUAGAUUAUUGUUCGAUAUUGCAAGAAUUUUCCAUGUUUAGACCAUAAUCGCCACUGAUUAUUUCAGCAUGUGGUAUUCAAAUUGAAAACUAUGUGGACCAGAGGUAGUGGUAGAUAAGCUUUAGUGCUUUCUGGUGCCCAACAGGCUUCUACUAGAAAUGUGUACAAAAAUUGUAUUUGCCCGUGAGUAAGGCACCCUUCUUUUUUUCUCAGUAAAAGUGAAGAUUGGCAUGCAUCUAUCCUCUUAUGCUUUGUUCAGGCCAGUAUGUGAUUAUUUUGACAAGUUCUAAAACAGUUAAGCAUCUCCCAAAGAUCACAUUGCUGAGUCAAAUGUAUUCUUCCAUCAGCCUAGAAGUAGUGUACUUGUCUUGCAUUCUAUCUACAUAAAUACCUUGAUUUCUUGCUAACGUUCUUAAGUUGUCAGAAUUACAAAAAUAAUAUGGAGUGCUGGGGCACAAGCACAAGAUAGCCAAUGCUUGUGAAAUGAAUAUGAAUCAUUUCUACAUGUGACUCACCAACCACGCUUCGCAAUAUAUUUUGGCUGAAAUCAGUGUCAAAAUAAUUGCUCAUGCACUGCAUAUAAUAUAAAAGUUUAAAUUCUAACAUAUUUAUGUUUAACAAUGUGCCAAAUGUUGUGCAUACCAAGCAAGAUCCACCUGUUAAGUGAAAUUUAGAUGUAAUUUUUUGAUUUUGUAUAGAAUUUCUAUUUCUAAUCACAGUGAAUUGUUAAAAUAUUGUUUAAAUCUGGUAUAUCAUUCAUGUUAAGGCUGAAGAAUUUUUGGGUUUUCAUGACAUUUUAGAUUUGCUACAUACUUUCUCAGCUAAAUAUCAAGUUGAAAAUAUACAUGUUAAAAUUUCUUAGUACUGUAAAGUUGUAAAUUGUAAAAUGCAAUGAUGGUAUUUUUUUUAAGGUACUUAUAAAAAGGACAUAUUGUACAUAAUGCUCAUACCCUGGCAAUUACUGAGUAGCAAUAAUGUCAGUCACCAAUUUUUGCCUUUAGAGACUUUACCAUUGUGGACAAAGAACCAAUCAUGAAUGGGUACUUGCUCAAUUUCUGUAGAAACAGCCCUUUUUAUUUAUGCACAGAGUAAGGUCAGAUUCAGUAAAGUAUCUGGGGGUGGGGUGGCUAUUAGGGAAAAUCAAAUAUGGAGGGUAGAAUUAAGGUAACUCGAUAUCCAUCCAAUCUACUUGAUGAUAUGUGAUAUUCUUUGCACCAUAUUUAAAGAACAUUAAAUGCUUUGUAAUU